GUUAUCAACGAGUGCAGCCUCUACAGGGAGUUUCUACAUAGAUAUUUUUGAGAUUUAUUUUGGUAUUGAAGGAAGCUGCCGUCUUUCUUGGGAAGCUAUUGCAUUGUUUGCCCCACUGAAUUGUCUUUGUUGCCCUAAAAUAAUAGUGGACCGUGAGAUUUGAGAGGUAAGAUCUGGGCAGAAAAUAAAGUCCGUGCGACUUUACUAGGAGUCUAGCCGUCGAGCAAAAUUUGGAGCUCUGUGAAUUGUGCGGUCUUUCUUGGUUUCUUCCAGCGAUUUUAGCUAGAAAUUUCAAGUCACAGUUUAGAAAACCCACUGAACAAUCGUCGCAGAAGUCCAUUUUCCAUCACUAAAGAGCUUCGGCGACGAAAAAGUGUCGUCGCCCAUUCGCCAUAUCCUCCGGACUCCAUCGCUGGAUUAACCUGCAGCCAUGACCGCCGGCACUCAUCACCUCCCAAAACCAAACCCCACCAUCGUCCUUUUCCUUACACUAUUCUUCUUCUUCAUCUCAACCCAGUUCGCCGCCGGCGCCGGCCAACCCCGCCAUCACCUUCACGUCCGGAGAGAGAAGCUGAGCCACUUCCACUUCUACUUCCACGACAUAGUGAGCGGGAACCACCCCACCGUUGUGAGGGUGGUGGCGGCGCCCGCCACGAACGGGUCGGCGACGGGGUUCGGGAUGGUGACGAUGAUGGACGACCCGCUGACGGCGGGGCCGGAGCGGGGGUCGCGGCUGGUGGGGCGGGCGCAGGGGAUGUACGCGUCGGCGGCGCAAGCGGAGGUGGGGCUGCUGAUGGUGGUUAACUACGUUUUCGAGGAGGGGAAGUACAAGGGGAGCAGCGUGAGCGUGGUGGGGCGGAACGCGGUGUUCUCGGAGGUGCGGGAGAUGCCGAUCGUCGGGGGCAGCGGGCUUUUCCGGUUCGCGCGGGGCUACGUUCAGGCGAAGACGCACAGCUUCGACGUCGCCAGUGGGGAUGCUGUGGUUGAGUAUGACGCCUAUGUGUACCAUUACUGAUUGAUUGAGGGAGUGGUUGUUGACUGUUCAGUGAUAUUAAUGUAAUUAGUGAGUCCACUGAGAUUCACCUACUACUAUAAAUGUCUCUUUCUAGCUA